AUGUUAGAAACCGACCACCUCCACCACCUUCACCACUACCAUCACCUCACUCCUGCACCAGCUCCAACUUCAUCAGAUCAUGCUCUUUCUUGCAAAAGAAAAAGACGUCCCGCCGGUACUCCAGAUCCAGAUGCUGAGGUUGUGUCGUUGUCUCCCAAAACUUUGCUGGAGUCAGACCGAUACGUGUGUGAGAUCUGUAACCAAGGCUUCCAACGGGACCAGAAUCUUCAGAUGCACCGCAGGCGACACAAAGUACCAUGGAAGUUAUUGAAGAGGGAGUCGCCGGAGGUAAAGAAAAGAGUUUUCGUGUGCCCGGAGCCUAGCUGCUUGCAUCAUGAUCCUUGUCAUGCUCUCGGUGACCUCGUAGGAAUCAAGAAACACUUUCGCAGGAAACAUAGUAACAAUAAACAGUGGGUUUGUGAAAAGUGCUCAAAGGGUUAUGCUGUUCAAUCUGAUUAUAAAGCUCAUCUUAAAACUUGUGGCACUAGAGGCCAUUCUUGUGAUUGUGGUCGAGUUUUUUCCAGAGUUGAGAGUUUCAUCGAGCACCAAGAUGCUUGUGUUGUCAGGCAUGCUCACCCGGAUUUGACAGUAUUCCAGCGUAUAUGUUCGCCUAGCAACGCAUCAAGCACUAGUCCCUCAAACGACGCAAAUUUGAACAUUUUAAGAGUAAUGCCAAGAAUGCAACAAAUCCAUUAUCACCACAAACCUUCCCAUUCACAACCUCAAGAAAAGAAUAUAGAACUUCAGCUCCUACCAUCGUCGUCAUUAUUUGAACAGAAGAACAACCAUCAAACCCAUUUGAAGCUUUCAAUUGGCAACGAAGUUAGCUUUCAUACAGAUGAAGAACAAAAGAUGAACAUGGCUAUGACUGAAAAGGCAUUUGCAGAUGAGUCGAGGCAGCAAGCGAAGAGGCAGAUUCAAAUGGCGGAGUUGGAAUUCGCGAAUGCGAAGAGAAUUAGGCAACAAGCUCAAGGAGAAUUAGAGAGAGCUAAACGUCAGCAAGAACAAGUUGCAAAGAAAAUCAACUUGACCAUUUUAGAGGUCACUUGUCAUUCUUGUAAGCAACGGUUCCAAGCUGCUAGUAAAGUUUCAACCACUAUAGCUGAUGAUACCUCGUUUGGUUUGAGUUACAUGUCUUCAGCAGUAACUGAAGGAGAAGGUGACUAUUAG